AUGGGAGGCUUGGUAGAGAAGGCCUCUAUUGUCAAAGGCAGCGAGAGGACACCAGGAAGGGUUUCACAUGCAGAGAGAGGGCCCAAGUUUAGCCAAGAAGAGGAUCAAGCUCAGGAGCAUGCGGACCAGUCACAAGGUAGACCACAUGGACAGAGUGGGACAAUAAGGAUGGUCACAUGGUCAGGGAGGACCACCAGAUAG